AUGACGAUAGCCAUGAAUUGGAGCCUACAACAGAUUCAGGUUUCAUUUAUUCAUGCGAGCUGCUUCAGAGUGGAUAGAAGAACGCUAUGGUUGGACUUAAUGCAUGAUUCCCCUCAGUCCCCCACCCCCUGGGUGAUUAUAGGAGACUUUAAUGCGACCCUGUACUCUCAUGAAAAGCGUGGUCCUGGAAGCUUCAGUUUGGACUCAGCUGCAGAGUAUGGGGCCAUGGUAGAUGUAUGUUCUAUGUCUCAGAUACAGGCAAAAAAUUUACCUGGUCCAAUAAUCGACGCAGGGGGAAUGUAUGCGCUGUUUUGGACAGAAGCUUCUGCAAUGAAGAAUGGAUCACUUGCUUUCAAGAUUGCUCUCAGUUGUGGCAGAAUCGUGGCCGGAAUGAGUCUCAGGCUCGUCGAUCCUUGCUCUUAUGCUGAAGCUAAAGUGCAGGAUCAAAUUGAUGGCAAUGGGAUGAACGACCAACUGUUUGCACUAGAGGCAGAUGCUAAAAUGGGUCUAGCCAAGGCUCUAGAAAAUCAUGAGAAGCUAUGGGAUGAGAAUGCGAGAAUAAGGUCUAUUCCAACGGUAGACCAUUUAGAUCUCUUGGAAAGUAUUCCGAAAACUCUCCAAGAAAUUGAUAAUUUUCGGCUCGAUUCACUCACAGGUGAUGCAGAAAUUAGAACAACAGUGUGGGAGUUGGAUCCAGACAGUUCGCCUGGCCCUGAUGGUUUUUAUGGUGCUUUCUUUAGGAGAUGCUGGAGCAUAGUGGAUAAAGAGAUGGAAGGAGCGGAGACCCUUGAUAAAUUCCGCCCAUUGUGUAUGGGCAAUUUUUUCUACAAAAUAAUCUCAAAAGUGAUGGCCCUUCAUCUUGAACCUCUCCUUCCUAGACUUAUUUCAGAAGAACAGGGGGCUUUUCAAAAGGGUAAGAUGAUCCAUGACAAUAUCUCUAUUGCUUCAGAACUAGCAAACUUGAUGUUUUCUUCUACAAGAGGGGGUGGCCUGGGUCUGAAAAUAGACAUUAGUAAAGCAUAUGACACCAUCUCUUGGAGCUUCCUAUUCCAAGUAAUGCGGCGCUUUGGCUUUUAUGAGAUAUGGAUUAAACGUCUCCAUCAAAUCUUGUCAUCUACAAAAAUAUUUGUCCUGCUUAACGGAGGUCCACAAGCUUUUUUUGGUGUGGAGAGAGGUCUGAGACAGGGAGACCCUAUUUAUCCCAUGCUCUUCAUCAUAGCAAAAGAAGUUUUGUCAAGAGGCUUGUCGAGACUGGUCCAGAGCAAAAUGAUACAGUCAAUCCAGGGCCCCAGAGGCACUCCUACUCCAGGGCAUAUUCUUUUUGCAGACAACAUUUUCAUCUUCUCAAAUGCUAAUCUGAGCUUUCCUACUCGCCAUCUUGGUGUGGAAAUUUUUAAGGGAAGGGUAAAGAAGGAGACACUGAUGCCUGUUAUGGACAGAGUUAAAGGCCAUAUAGCUGGUUGGAAAGGAAAGCUUCUGUCAAUGGCAGGAAGGGUAGAAUUGGUUCGAUCGGUUGUCUCUGCCAUUCCAAAUCAUAGCUUUGCUGUUUAUUGGUGGCCAUCAUUUCUCCUUGAAACAAUGGAGAGAUGGAUGAGAAACUUUAUUUGGACCGGCGAGGUGGAUUCUUCUAAUGCGAUCGCGGUCAGAUGGGACUUUGUUUGCAAGCCAAAGGAGGAGGGGGGCUUGGGGAUUAGAAGACUUAGAGAUACAAAUAUGGCUAUGCUCAAUAAGAUGGUGUGGCGCUUCAAGCAUGGGAAGCAUGCCGCCAGUUCUUUUCUCAGGGCAAGAUUUGUCAAGAAAAAUGGAGCUUUUAAUAUGGGCUGUAGGCACUCCUCUAUCGCCUUGGGCACUCGAAAGGUGUGGAAGUUUGUGGAUCUGAAUGAAAGGUGGAUCAUUGGUAAUGGGGGCCUAGCAAGAUUCUGGAAAGAUAAGUGGUGGGGACCCAAGGCCAUCAUGGACGAGAUUCAGGAUGCGGAUAUCUCUCUCUUGGACUCUGAUGCCAAAGUAGAAUCUACUCCAUGGAAGAUCACCCACUGCUAUAGAGAAGUGAACACUGCUGCGGACUAUCUGGCGAAGAAGGCAUCCAAGUCAGGUGUCUCUGCUUGUGCGGUGCCUUUACCGCAUCAUAUUAAUGUCGAUUUAGAGGAUGAUGUGUUGGGCAGGCACAGGUACCGCUUCUUCUAG